CUCAGCUUGACCUCGUCUACUAGAAGGAAGGCAGAAGGCAGAGCCAAGUUCUAGUAGAUAGAAUUUCAAAGGAAGUAAAGUAGUCAGCAGAGCGCGUCUUGCGCGCCGAGGCGAACUGAAUUGACUGAAAUCGGAAGAGCCUGCCACCAGUCCAGACUUGCUCCGGCGAUGUCUCCACCUAGCUUCUCCUACUCGCAGUCGCCGCCGGUCGCGUAUUAUUUUCCGGCAAUCAUAUGUUCGGUCAUAUAUCCUUCGCUCCCCUGCCGUGCGUACGUCGUUUCAGCCUCUACAAGUAGUUCCAAGCCAGCAGUACCUCUACUACCCCCCCUGACGAUCUCAACCAGCAACUCAACACCGUCGCUUUCGUUCCAUUCCUACGUAUCUGUGGUUGUGGUUGUCGGCUUGUCGCUGCAGCUGCACUCGCCAUACCAUAUGACAUGGCGGAUUCCAUAGCCGGAGCUGUGGCGUCAGCCCUUGCGCAGGAGAUGGUGAGCAGAGCCGUCUCCCUCGUGCUGCAGGUCGGCCUCAAGCGCGAGGACAAGGCGCCGGCGCCGGCGCAACUGCAAGCCCAGGCAGCAGGUGCUGCAGGCCACAACGCGGAGCGGCUCAAGAUGGCCGUCAGCCAGCUGGAGUUCGCCUUAGAGAGGACCGGGAAGCUGCCCAUCACGGACGUGUCACUCCUUGACCAGAGGAAGAUGUUCAAGCUCGCUUUCAUCGAGGGCACGAGCCUGCUCAUCACCGAGCAGCGGCUGCGGCGGCAGAGCACGCAAGCCCGCCACCAGCACGAGGAGGUAGAAGAAGAAGCGAACCACCAGAAAGGCCAAGCGAAGCCGAAGCGCAGGCGACGAUGGGUUCUUGCGGCCAUGGCGCGCCCGUUCCUCACCUCCUCCUCCUCGUCGCCGUCGUCGUCGUCACCCUGCAUCGACGCCGCCGUCGUCCGGAGGUUCGAGUGGAUGGCGGACAGCGCGGGCAGGUUCGUGCGGGACGUGGCCGAGUCCGGCAGCUCGCUGCGGCACUGCACCUUCUGCAACCCGGUCGUGAGGCGUCUCCUGGAAGGCAAGCACCUCAGGUACGAGGCGGAGCAAGGAGCCGUGCUGCGGUUCCUCGACCUCUGGCCGCUGUGCGUCGAAGGCCGCGGCGUGGAGACGAUCCUCGAGUACGGGUACGAGGACCGCGGGGCGCCGGAGAAGAACCUCCUCCUGCACAUCGUGCUCCGGCUCUCCGAGAGCAUGGACGUGUUCGGGACGGCCAUACGGUGCCUGCAGGCGAUGGCGUCCCAGCUGAAGCUGCUGGUGAGCGAGGCCGCGGUCGGGGAGCUCGCGCUGCUGGCUGCGUCGGUGGACAUGUGCCGUUCCAGCGCGCCUCCGUGGGCUCGCAUCGAUGAAGGCGAGUACGCUAGGGCCAGCCAGGCGUUCCGUCGGGAUCCAGUGUGUUGCAGAGACAGAGAGAGAGGGCAGCAGCUAGGACGGCCUCGGGCUACCAGCGGUGGUGGCGUCGCUGACGCUGCCUCGUCGCCGGAGUUGUCCCGGAUAUUGCCGGAGCAGAUCAUCGUGCUGGCGUUUUGGUGCCGCGUUCCGGCGGCACCGGGGUGCGGCUUGUUGCCUACCAGGCCACCUCUGAAGAUGACGGUUUUCUUCUCGCCCCAUGCGUGCUGCCAUGAUGCAGAAGAGGAGAGGAGGAGCAGUUGGGCGCUGGACCUUUCUGCCGGAGAGAAUGGCAACCCACUGCUUAGAGAUGUUAGCGUACAGCAAGUCGCUGAGAUGGUAGGACCCAAGGCACUUGAUCGUUUCUUGCGCCAGCCACACCUGGCAGUAUAUGCAAUCACCUGGGGCUCUGAACAUGGCAAGGCCAUCUUUAUCCUGGAGAGACCAAAAGAGCAGGAUCAUAGAAGAAGAACCGAAAGGAAUGCAAACCGCAGGCACAUGAAAGAAGGCCAGUUGCAGGUAGUGAGGUAGGUCGUUUCUGUUUUGCUAGCUUGCCCCAUCAGGGCACCGAGUGUGUAUGUGUUUCUGACAUGGAAAGAAAAUUCGGGAUUUCUUAUCAAAAGGAGAAUUAGAGUAAUGUGUUACAAACUCACAGUAGACGUGUACCUCCUUUGUUUCCUAGUGCUGCGAUGAUUUGUAACAUGUACGGUGUAUGUUAACUUGUGCUCCUCCUUUUAUUACUUGUUCUAGAAAAUCGACUUUGCGUCUUUGAACCGCGGGAUGGGAUGGGAGUGCUUUUGCUAGUAAAGUUUGAUUGACCCCUUUUAAA